AUGGCAUACAUACUACUUUAUGUUGAUGACAUCAUCCUCAUCACUUCCACUCAGGAUCUUCGACGUCAGAUCAUGUCUCUCUUGGCCUCUGAAUUUGCGAUGAAGGAUCUAGGCCCUCUAAGCUAUUUUCUGGGCAUUGUCGUUCAUCGCCAUCCUCAUGGCCUCUUUCUAAAUCAGAGUACUUAUGCCUCAGAGAUUAUUGAGCGUGCUGGCAUGGCGUCCUGCAAACCGUCUGCCACUCCUGUUGACACCAAACAGAAGCUCAGCACCUCCUCCGGCACUCCUUAUGAGGAUCCCACUCUAUAUCGGAGUCUUGCAGGUGCAUUACAGUAUCUCACUUUUACUCGCCCUGAUAUCUCUUAUGCUAUUCAGCAGGUUUGCCUUCACAUGCAUGCUCCAUGCACGGAUCACAUGCUUGCUCUCAAACGCAUCCUGCGUUAUGUUCAGGGUACUAUUCAUUUUGGCUUGUCUUUGACCCCAUCUCCCAUUCAGAAGCUCCUUUCUUACACUAAUGCUGAUUGGGGUGGAUGCCCUGACACUCGACGUUCCACGUCUGGCUAUUGUGUAUUCCUUGGUGACAACCUCAUCUCCUGGUCUUCUAAACGGCAGCCUACUCUCUCCCGUUCCAGUGCUGAGGCCGAGUACCGGGGUGUAGCCAAUGUUGUUUCUGAAUCUUGUUGGCUUCGUAAUCUUCUCCUGGAGCUUAACUUUCCGCUUCCACGGGCCACUUUGGUGUAUUGUGACAAUGUUAGUGUCAUCUAUCUCUCUGGUAAUCCUGUGCAGCAUCAGCGUACAAAACAUAUUGAGAUGGAUAUUCAUUUUGUUCGGGAAAAGGUAGCACGUGGUCAGGUACGAGUUCUUCAUGUUCCUUCCCGAUACCAGAUUGCAGAUAUCUUUACCAAAGGUCUUCCCCGUGUUCUUUUCGAUGAUUUUCGGACCAGUCUAACCGUCCGUGACCCUCCCGCUUCGACUGCGGGGGUGUGA